CGAAUCGGAUCCGAGUCCAAACAUAUCCUCUUCGGGUUUUCUGUCUCUCUCCUUUCUCUUCUCUUCAAACCCUAUCAUUUUCUCUGGACCCUCCGAUCGGACUCAAACACCCACCGCAACCACUACCCUCUCUCUCUCUCUAAGCUAAUUGCGGCUGAUGUGGUCUGUGAUCAUAGCCUGAUGUGGCUGCAAACAGCCGUAAUUGAGAUGAUUGAGAUUUGAGACUCUGCAACAUCCCGUGAGUGUUGGUAAUCUGAAGCCUAUGUGAUGGAAAUAUCAAAUGAUUCAGGUACUAAGAAAUCCAAAAGGCUGACAUCUGUCGUCUGGAAUCACUUUGAAAGGGUUAGAAAGGCUGACAUCUGCUAUGCUGUCUGUGUGCAUUGUAAAAAGAAACUUAGUGGAUCAAGUAACAGUGGAACUACUCAUUUGAGAAAUCACUUGAUGCGAUGUCUGAAAAGAUCAAACUUUGAUGUAUCUCAACUGCUUGCGGCAAAGAGAAGGAAGAAAGACAAUACCAUCAGCCUAGCAAACAUUAGUUUUGAUGAAGGUCAGAGGAAAGAAGAAUAUAUAAAGCCAACAAUCAUCAAGUUUGAACAGGAGCAUAAAAAAGAUGAAAUCAUUAACUUUGGAAGUAGUAAAUUUGAUCAGGAAAGGAGUCAACUUGAUCUUGCACGCAUGAUCAUAUUACAUGGAUACCCAUUGAGCUUGGUUGAACAAGUAGGAUUCAAGGUCUUUGUGAAGAACCUCCAGCCUCUCUUUGAAUUUCUUCCAAACAGUUCUGUAGAGAUUUCUUGUAUGGAAAUCUACAGGAGGGAGAAGGAGAAAGUAUUUGAUAUGAUAAACAGACUACAUGGUAGGAUUAAUCUGUCUAUCGAAAUGUGGUUGUCAACAGAAAAUUCCUCGUAUUUGUGUCUAUCUGCUCAUUAUAUUGAUGAGGAAUGGACAUUACAGAAGAAAAUCCUGAACUUUGUCACACUUGAUUCUUCUCAUACUGAAGACUUACUUCCAGAAGUGAUUAUCAAAUGUCUCAAUGAAUGGGAUAUUGACUGCAAGCUUUUUGCCUUGACACUUGAUGAUUGUUCCAUCGAUGAUGACAUCACUCUUAGAAUCAAGGAGCGAGUUUCUGAGAAAAGGCCUUUUUUAAGUACUCGACAAUUACUUGACAUACGCUCUGCAGCACAUCUCAUAAAUUCCAUUGCUCAAGAUGCCAUGGAUGCAUUACAUGAGGUGAUCCAAAAGAUUCGAGAGAGCAUAAGAUAUAUUAGAAGUUCGCAAGUAUUGCAAGGAAAAUUUAAUGAAAUUGCUCAACAUGCUAGGAUUAACACUCAGAAGCUCUUAUUUCUUGAUUUUCCAGUUCAGUGGAAGUCUACAUAUCUCAUGCUGGAAACUGCGCUAGAAUACCGCAGUGCUUUCUCUCUCUUCCAAGAACAUGAUCCCUCCUAUUCAUCAACUCUAACUGAUGAGGAGUGGGAAUGGGCUAGUUCUGUUACUGGAUACUUAAAACUUUUAGUUGAAAUUACCAAUGUAUUUUCAGGCAACAAAUUUCCUACAGCUAAUAUAUAUUUCCCUGAGAUUUGUGAUGUCCAUAUUCAAUUAAUUGACUGGUGCAGAAGUUCAGAUAAUUUUCUUAGUCCCAUGGCUUUGAAGAUGAAAGCCAAAUUUGACAAGUACUGGAACAAGUGUAGUUUGGCUUUAGCUGUAGCUGCAGUCCUAGAUCCCCGGUUCAAGAUGAAGUUGGUUGAGUACUACUACUCCCUAAUUUAUGGCAGCACUGCUCUGGAGCGUAUCAAGGAAGUUUCUGAUGGUAUCAAAGAGCUUUUUAAUGCGUAUUCCAUCUGUUCAACUAUGAUUGAUCAAGGCUCAGCCUUGCCUGGCAGCAGUUUACCUAGUACUAGUUGUAGUUCUAGAGAUAGGUUAAAAGGCUUUGACAGAUUCCUUCACGAGACAUCACAGAGUCAGUCUAUGACUUCAGACUUAGACAAGUAUUUAGAGGAACCAAUCUUUCCUCGUAAUUCGGAUUUUAACAUAUUGAACUGGUGGAAAGUCCACAUGCCAAGGUACCCAAUUUUGUCUAUGAUGGCACGUGAUGUUCUAGGUACUCCAAUGUCAACUCUGGCACCGGAAUUGGCAUUUAGCACUGGGGGCAGAGUGCUAGAUUCUUCUCGUAGUUCACUAAACUCAGAUACACGUGAGGCUUUAAUAUGCACUCAAGAUUGGCUCAGAAAUGAAUCUGGAGAUAUACUAAAUCCAUCCCCAAUCCACUCUGCUGUACCUCUUCUCAUCGAAUGAAGUUACUUUUUCAAGGUUGUAGUUCAAAAAUGGUGAAGAACAUGAUGCCUUCUAUCAUCAAACAACUAAGCCAUUUUAAAGGGUUGAGCCCUUGGAGGGUUGCGUGACACAGGUGGAUCUCUGGAACCAAAGGAUUGAGCCAUUUUAAAGGGCUGAGCGCUUUUGAAAUGGUGAGUCAUUUUAAAGGGUUGAGCCCUUUGGAGGCUGCGUGACAGGGGAGAAUCCUUAGAGGCAAAGCGCUGAGCACUUUGGGAGGUGCCUAGUGGUUGGGUGCUUUCCAAAUUAAUUAGACUUUGUUGUCUUCAUGAAAGUUGUAGCCUUGGAUGUUAGCUUUCCAAUGGCCUGGAAUCACCCAAAAAGGAGGUUUAGAACUCCAGUUAUGACCUUUUUAGUGAGCAAAGGUCAAGCUAUUGCUAUCUGUUAUGGUUUUUACAUUUUUUAACAAGGUAGAUGAUGGAAUUAAGACUUGAUGUUUUCAUGAGAAUUGUAUGAAAUCUUAUUGUCUUUCAUAUGAGAUAAGGAUGAGUUGGAUAA